GGUUGGUGGUGGGGGCGGGGUUUCUAUUCCGACGUGGCCGGUAUUAUAUAAGGAGCGGCCCGGUCGGUGGUCGGACGGUACUGGAGCCGGGCUGUUGUGGUGGUGCUAACGGUAGCGGUUCGGUUCGGAGGUCCUUCACUUGCAUCCCCCUCAGAGCAGAGACCAAGAUGAAUCCAACACACAACCAGGGUGGGGAAAGUACCAACUUCCAACCCAAGGAUUUGAUAACGAAUUGUAUGCAGGCCAAACGAGAUCUGGAGAUGGCCAUUAGCAGCAUCAUUAAGGCUGAACAGGAGAUAAAAGCAAACAGUAAGGAGGUAAAAUUUCAAAUUCACAGCUGCAUCAGCCGUCACUUGGAGUGCCUGCGGAGUAGGGAGGUUUAUCUCUUGGAGCAGAUUGACCUUGUGCAACAGCUGAAGGAAGAAGCCCUGCAGCAACAGAUUCAGCAGCUUUACUGGCUGCUGGGUCAGUUCAAUUGUCUUAUUCAUCAAUUGGAACAUCCUCAGAGUAACCUUCCAACUGAUCAAAUUAUAACCUGCCUGGAGAGAUUGAAGAACCUGACUCUGAAACCAGAAGAAUCUCCAACCCUGAAUUUUGAAGCCGACAUCCCUUCACUCCGCCAAGCCAUUACAAGCUUCGGGGCCAUCAAAACAUUGGUUUCAGAGACAGAGUGCACGAGUUCUUGCACCAUGGCAGCUGAUCUGGAUUACUGCUUUGUUCCACUGCUGACAAAGAAAUCAUUCCCCAAUGGGAAGGAAUGCCCACUUGCUGACUGGUUGCGUAGUCCCCCUCCUGUGCGGAUGCCAAUCUUGAACCUGCAAGAUUGUCUCCUGAAACAGUCUGGCCAGGGAUCACCACCAAGUCCCAGUGCAAAGGAUUCCGACCCCUACAAAUUGCCAGCCUGGGGGCAUCAACAGGGCCCUGAAAACUGGCUACUUCCUAACAAGCAAAAGAAUCAGCCAGCUGAGAACGUUGCUGCUCAACAAUAUACUCAAACCUCCACCAACUGUAACCUGAACCCAAAAGAUCCAGACUACUAUAGGAUGCAGGCCUGGGGUCAUCGGCAGGGCCUGGAGCACUGGCUGCUUUCCAGCAAGCAGAAUGUUGACGUAACUGAGAAGACCACUCCACAGCAAUGCCCUAAUUCCACUCAUGAGAAUCCAGUCGAUAUGAAUUACUAUAAAUUGCAAGCCUGGGGUCAUCGUCAGGGUCUUGAGCACUGGCUACUUCCCGAGAAGCAGAAAUCCAGGAGCGAUACCCCUCCACGCAAGCAUUCCGAGUCAUCUGAUGGUUCUUCCACCUUUGAGCUAAUAGGAGAAUUUGACAUGGAGGUUGUGGACCAAGAAAUGGAAGAAGUGAGCCCAUCUUCUGGAAAAAUGAGUGUCACUGAAGUGAAGAAUGCACGUUCUGAAAAAGCAAGUAGUGGCAGCACCAAUGAAGACAAAUGGAAAUCCAUAACUCAGCCUUUCAGAGAAAAGUAUACCACCAGCGAGUGGCUUUUGAAGCCUAGCAAGGCUGAAUCCUGUGGUAGCUGCUGUAGUGUUCAGAAGAAAGCAGUAGAGAUCGAAAACCUUGGCAAGCUUAAGUGCCUGAAUGAGCACCAUAGUGCCAAGAAACCAUCGCCUGCUUCACCAAACAAUUCCCGCUGCCUUCAGCCACCAAUCCGAGUGGCAGACGUGUGUAAAGCCAACGAGCAGUGUAGCAGCUUCUCGGAGUGCGUGUGCGGCCGGAGUUGUGAAAAAGAGGCGGUCAACGAGUGGCUACUUAAACAAGCAGGGAGAGACAAGAAUGGCGUGCAGACAGGCCAGCCAAGCAAACGCGAUACAGAGCAGCAGAAGACCGAUUUAGACCAGUGGUUGCUGUAUCCCCAAUCAAAGUCCGCAAAAGAGCCAGAGCUCCCUGUCGACAAUCCUGUUAAGUCAGUUGAAGCCCUGAGGUCAGAAACUCCUGUCAACACUGCACCCGAGGGCACAGAGAAAGGAGCUGAGCACGAAAUAGAGAAUAAAUUUUUGUUGCGCAAGAAAGCACAUGAACUAAAUGGUAUACCCGAAGUGUCCAGUCUUCUCUCUAACCUGAACCUUGCUGUUGAUCGAGAGAAGCUUCCUGCAAAGGAGCAACCCGUGUCAUUUGGCAACCUAUUUGCUCAUUUCAGAGAGCCCUUUGACAGAGAGAAGUGGCUGUACAAAGGUGCUCGUCGGAUUGAACAAGGCCCACAAGGAGCCUAUAUCCCAAAGAUCAGUGCAGACUGUUGAUCAGAAGCGAUUGGACAAGAACCCUCAAAUUAGCUUUGAACCACCAGCGCUAAAGAUGAAUUGGCUGAAUUGCCUUUAUUCUGGAACUACAUCAGACGCACACUCAUCCCCUCUGAGAUUCUGCUGAAUCAAUUUCUUGCUUCUGCCUUGAAGACGACUGUUCAAAUUUUUUCUGGUGUGUGUGUGUGAGUUGUCCUGUGAAAUUGGGUAGAGUCAACAAGAUAGGGAAAUCUAUGUAAUCAGAAGUGUUUCCUCCUCCCUCUUAAAACGAGAUCGUUUUCAUCUCGGGUGAUCUGUAGCUUAUCCCUCUGCUAAGAUCCUCCAGGGUAGGGUGUGGGGUGCCUUUGGGUUAUGUUGUCUCACCUACUGUGUGUGUUAACUUGUAUUCAGGGCACUCCAGUUAAUUUGAUUAACAGUAAUGCUAAUUACACUGUUAGAACAAAGUCCAGAAUGCAAGAGUGUGAAAUUAGUGAUUAAUAAUCUGCUCCUAGAUGCCUUUAGUGGUAUUUGCUAUUAUGUAAUACUUGGAAGAGUAUACGUGCCUCAAAUUGCCUCACUUAGGGUACUAGGCAUAUAGACAGAGUAAAUGUUCAUUGCAGAACAUUGAUAGUGUACCAGUCUUCAUAUUGUUGGGCCAAGUACAAAACCCUUGUUGAGGUGGCUCAGUAAAAUGCCAGCAGAAUGUCUCUUAGUGCAUAAUAUAGCCAAACGCAUCGAUCAUAAGAGAUAAUUUAAUCCAGUGAUUGAACCGUAAACUGCUGCAAUACACGCCAGAGUAAAUAUUUGCUCCAGAGCAAAUGAAUACUCUGAUCAUUGUCCUGAAUCUUGGUAUGUUUAUAUUGAAUCUGCCGGUAUUCCCAACUCCUGGUGGGUAGUGGUGGGGUGGGGGGAGGGCUGGGGGGCGGGGUGAAUGGUUGCAUUUCCAUAUAAUAGCUUACCUGUUUUCCCCAUGCUGUUCGUGUGCCAAUGUUAAGGUCUGGGACAGAACAUUUUAAUUUUGGAUCUCUUGUUUUGAUAUGUUGAAAUUCAAGUGCUUCAGGAUUUGAUUUCCUUACCAAAAAAAUCUUUUUUUUUCCGAAGGGAGCUGCUUGCAGAGUCCAGCCCAGUUACCAACUAAGUUUUAAUAGUGUGUGCGCAAGAGAAGAAUGCAGGGUAGUUAUCCAAAUCCCUUUAUUUGGGGUGAGUGAUAACCUAUCUUGCUUGUUUUAUUGUUAACCUUUCAAUUUAAUCCUUAACUGAAGUUCUCAAUUAGUCCUAAUUAAAUAACUAUUGACCCAAAUGGGAUGAUCCAUUUGAAAGUGCAUCAGUUGAUCCUUGAGCCAGGGGAUGAUGUUUUGAGGUCGAUUGUUUCGAUAUAGUAAUUGGGAUGUUUUAAUACAACAAUUGUAAUGUAACAAUAACAGGAAUGGAACAAUUGGAACAAAUUCAAUCCAGCGGUUCUCAUAGUAUUUUAAUGGACUUUGUUUUGAUUCGAAGAUGCUUGUUACCGUUGUUGUGAUUCUAAAUAUGUAAUUGACUAUGGGAGGGAGGAGGAAGAAUCUCUUGCUGUCAAGUCAAUGUUGGAAACCUGCCAGUUUCAGUAUUGUCUCUUCUGUCACUUACACUGAAUGUGGAAGAUGACAUUGAGCUAAAUACAUGUUGGGUCGUUCUGCAACAGUUGACAACACCAGCUCCAGUGUGUGACCUUUUUUAUUCUGUUGAUGCUGUUCAGUUCUGGUGAAUGGUUGGAUCAGGACUGUUCAUUUAAGGGACUGACAAUGCUGUGGCUGGAUCUGUCAAUAGCCUAUGGAGCUGAAGGGCAGAUAUGCCUGGCAGUGACCCAGAGAUGAUGGAAGCCACGGUACUGUCACUUUGCACAGGUUGUGGCAGCAUCUUACUUUCCAGUAAGUGCAUAUCCUGAGUGUACAACAUUUUACCUUUUAAUUGACAGAUAUCUGAUUUUUGCCAAUUUCAGUACCGAAGUCCUUUUUUCUUUCACCCAUUCCCAUAUCUGCUGUUGGUCAAUUUGUGUUUGAGGACUUAACCUUUACAAAGUCUGAUUAAUAACCCACUGCCAAGUCUUUGGUGGUGUGAUUUUAGAGGGUUACACAAGUCCUUCUGGUGCAACAUUGAACCUAUAUAAGGUCUUAGCUAUUACCUGUUUCAUUAAUGUAGCCACUACUGCUAUUUUAUAAUCGAAAGUAAAUGGAAGCUACUGUGAACGAAAUUAUAUUUCUUCUCUUCUUAAUUAAAAACCUACCAGGACAUUGCUUCCUCAGUUAUCCUUAUUUAUGGAUAUUGUUUUGAUGGUGACCUUAAAAUAUUUAAUCGUCUCAAUAAAUUGCAGCAAAACUCUG